AUGACGUCAGCGCUGGAGCCACAAGUGACCUUCGGCUUGGUGGCCGAUGUGCAGUACGCAGACGUGAAAGACGGAUGGGACUUCCACCACAUCUCCCAGCGGUACUAUCGCAAUGCGCUACCGCAGUUGCAAGCCACAGUGGCGGAGUGGCUACGCGUGGCCAUAGGCGGAGCGAAACUCCGCUUCGCCGUGAAUCUGGGAGACCUCAUCGAUGGCAAGAACCGACCGGCCUCCACGUCUCGACAAGCUUUAGAGAGCACUAAAGCAGCGUGGAAACCGUUCCAAGAUGCAGUGGGUCCAGUUCAUCACCUGGUUGGCAACCACGAGCUCUACAACUUCCCCGCCUCGGUCAUCCAGAAGGAACUUCUAUAUCAACCUUCAAAGACGUCGAAUAAUGCGCCACAGCGUAGUUACUACGAUUUUCAAGUACCCGAAGCACCCAAAUACCGCUUCGUUGUGUUGGAUUGCUACGGGCUAUCGAUCCUCGGACGGGAGAAGGAUGACCCAGUGUACCAGGAAGCUAUGGCCUUGCUGCGUCAAGUGAACCCGAACGAGAACCUCAAUUCUCCGACGGGUCUUGUUGAAGAGCAGCGAAGGUUCGUAGCUUUCAAUGGGGCGGUGGAUCGAGAGCAGAUGAAAUGGUUAGAGAAGACGCUUGUAGAGGCAACGGAAGCUGGAGAGAAUGUGGUCAUCUUCACACACGUCCCGAUCCACCCGAGCACUUCGCCAACACCUGCAAGUUUGUUGUGGAAUUACCCGGAAGUGUUGGAACUUAUCCGGCGCUUCCCGUGCGUCCGCGUCGUCUUUUCAGGCCAUUCUCAUGCUGACGGAUACGUGUACGCCCAUGAAGGGAUGCACAACAGAGGAGUUCACUUUGUCGUGUGUGACGCCAUCCUCGAAUGUUCUCCGUCGGAGACUGCGCAUGCUUUGGUGCACGUGUUCGAGGACAAACUGGUCGUACAGGGCUAUGGCAAGAUCCCCACACGCGAACUGCGUUUCCCGACGGAUAAUACAUUGUCAGAAGAGUGA